UCUCCUUGGCCUCGAGCUGGAAAGGCAAGAAGAGUAUAAGUAGGCCUCUAUUUCUCUUCUGGCCAAACUUUCACGGCAAGCAAGCACAGUACAAACCAGACUCAAUCGCAACAUGGCUCAAUCACAUGGAUCCUGUCUCUGCAAGAAGGUUGCUUAUACCUUCACUGGCGAGCCAGUUAUGCAGGCAAUCUGCCACUGCCUCCCCUGCCGCAAAGUUUCCGGCGGUACCCACACGACAAACAUCCUCGUUCCUCUCGCCGCUCUAACCAUCACUUCCGGCAAGGAACAUUUGAGAAGCUACGCGGCGGCCCACCCCAGUGGCAUGACCUUGACGCUCCAUUUCUGCGAGAACUGUGGAACGAAGAUUUAUAAGGAUAUGGAUGGGGAGGCAUUCAAGGGCGUUGCGAUUGUGCAGGCGGGGACGUUGGAUGCUGGUGAAGGGGGGAUGGAAAUUGGGGAUGUGAAACUUGGGGCAGAGCUGUGGGUGAAGAAUCGUGUGCCAUGGUUGGGAAGCGUGGAGGGAGCGGGCCAGCUUCAAGAGUUCUCCUGAUUGAAGAUAGGAAGGGUAGUUAGGAGAGGGAACGUGUCCUGCUGUCGUGGUUGAGAACUAUCCUCUUAGAUUGUCCAGGGGCGCAAAAUAAACAUCGAGAAGUGUUAGUUGUGCAAGAGUGCCUAUGUUUCCGCCUUAAAGCUUACUAGGAACCCACCUCGGCUUCCUCUUCUCCACAAAACUCCUCACCCCCUCCUUCAUAUUCUCCCCCUU